AUUCACAGUCCCUUUAAGCAAAGUGUAGCAAUUAAAUGCCGGUUACUGACUUACAGCUCUUUAAUAUCUUUCAUGCAAUAUUUGUUGUGAUUGCUUUAAGUUAUCUGCUCUUUUGCAGUUUAUGAAACUCACCGCCGAGCUACUGGAGCACAUCAGCGUCACGGGGGCGAGCACGUACGUAUAAGCUCCGCCUUCUCCUCAACUUUGUUGACUGCGGCGGAGACGCGCUAGAUCACUCGCAGCAUCUUUCUAAAGGACAUGACUAGUCUAAACGGACCGAGAAUGGAUGCAAACAUCGUGGUACUCGGCACAGACAAUGUUGGAAAAUCUGCACUUAUUGUCCGAUUCCUGACUCGUAGAUUCAUCGGGGAAUAUGGAGAUAUUGAGUCCCUUUACACUCACAAUAUUGUUGUGGAUGGACGAGAGCAAACUCUGAAUAUAUGGGAUACACCAUAUUCACAGCAGGACCUGUCCUCUGAGUCCUUGAUGUGUGAGAAAAGAGUCCAGUGGGCAGAUGGCUUUGUGCUGGUCUACAGCAUCUGUGACCGGUCCAGUUUCAACUCAGUCUCCAGACUCCUUCAAAUAAUCAAAUCCACUAAAGACUUUCUGGGCUUUGAGAAGAUGCCCAUAGUUAUUGUGGGAAACAAGAGGGACCUGCACCAUCGCCGUACAGUCCUCAGCGAAGAGGGCAGGCUGCUUGCACUGUCUGCAGACUGUCAGUUUUAUGAGGUUUCAGCUGCUGAGAACUACCACAGUGUCCUCAUGGUUUUCCAUGGGCUGAUGGAUCGAAUCAGGGAGUCCAGAGUGUCUGUGAAAAAGUUAGCAGGCAUCAAAGGCAUUGUGAAGAGCAUGUCUGCAGUGUUUGCCCGUAGGCGAACAGAUUCGCUGUGAAGGUGAUGGGAGCUCUGGAAAUAAAGCUUAUGUGGUCUAAUAUGACCUAUUUUAGAUCCAUUGAGAGAGACGAGCCGUUGCUGUGGCUUGCAUGAGAGUCUGGGAUCUCUUCUGUGGGGGCAGCUAAGAGAUUGCCCUAGUAUGUCUGCUAAGGUGUUGGCUUCCAUUGAGAACAUGUUGAAAUCGGAGAGUUCUCAAUAAAAUGCUAUGUGGCAGCAGAUAAUAUCAAUCAUAAUCGGAGUGAAUAUUCCACUGCAUGAAGAAAAACAUGUAAUUUAACCUCCUCUGCUCACUUUAAUAAAAGAAGUUCAGCCAAAAAUGAAAAUUUGCUGAAAAUUUACUCAAUCUCAGGCCAUCCAAGAUGCAGAUGAGUUUGUUUCUUUAUCUGAACGUAUUUGAAGAAAUCUGGUAUUACAUCAUUUGCUUACCAAUUGAUCCUCUGCAGUGAAUGGGUGCCGUCAGAAGAAGAGUACAAACAGCUGAUAAAAACAUCACAAUAAUCCACAAGUAAUCCACACAAACAACUGCUUUUGCUUAUACACUGUACUUGAUCUGUGCAUAAUUUCUUUUGAAUCAGAAGACAGGACUUUUACACUGGAGAAAACAAUAUUAUGGAUAGAGGACUCGUAUUUUAGCCAGAGGGAUUGGGUUGACAUUAAAAUGUCUUCCUAGAUUUGUUAUUACAAACUCGCAGCAUUUUGCUUCACAAGAUGUGAAUUGAUGGCUGCAUUCAUGCUGAUUACUUGUGGAUUAUUGUCAUGUUUUUAUCAGCUGUUUGAACUCUCAUUCUGACGGCACCCAUUCACUCUAGGGGAUCCACUUAUGACUAAAUGAUGUAAUGCUAAAUUUCUCCAAAUCUGACAGAUUAAUGAACAGUCAUCUUCAUCUUGGCUGGCCUGAGGAUGAGUAAAUUUUCAGCAAAUUUUCAUUGUUGGGUCAACUAUUCAUUUUUCAACAGGAAAGAUGUAAGUGCUUCUGCAAAUAAUCAUGAAUGUUGGAAGAAUGUAAACACUGUUGUGAUGAUGGCCGUGGGAAUCUUUUAUGACUGAGUCAAUGCUGAUGCGCUGUGGCCUAAAAAUACUGUAUAAGCUGACGCAAGACAACAUUGUCUUAUGCUACAUUUAUCAAAUACAAAAGUCUCCAACAGUAUCAGGUAUUAUUAUUCAAAGUGCUGUUAUCAGUUCAAGGCCGUCUUGCAUUUCAGUUACAAUGUACUGUUUGAUGAUUUUGUCUGUGUGCAUUCAGAUAACAGCACAGAAUUUGUUAUUUUUCCCCAGCUUCUUUUCUGAGGCUGUUCAAGUGCUUUAUGGAGAACAUGUAUUGGUUUCUAGACCAAACUGUUUAAUAAUUUUUGUGCUAUAAAUCUAAUAAUCAAAGGAACACUUCCCAUGAGAGCCACUGUACAGCGCAAUGUUACAAUCAGUAAAUGAAUAUGCUGUAUUUGUACUGAAUACAUUAUUACACCAAAAACAGGUUGUCAAAA